AUGGACAGCCAGCGGUGGGUAUUUGUGAAGGAGGGACUGGAUGACUUCAGAACGGGCUGUCCAUCUGCUGAAGAUGUGAUCACUCGUGGCCCUCGGGAGGAAUUUCUCCCCAUGAUUGCUCAUAGAAUUCUCCGCCCUCUGCCCAAAAAGAUUCACAGGCAGCCGCCCACGGGAGCAGACCUGUGUUCCCAGCUCUUGCGAGCCCAGCGAGCACGGAAGGCCUUUGUAGAGAACAUUGAAGCCAGCCUGACCCAGCAUUCCCUGGCGAACAGCCCGAAUCUGGAGGAAGCUCUCCCUCCAGACCUCCUGCUCAAGGUCCUGGAAGUGCUCGAUCCUGAUAGGGAGCUGGAGGACACGUGGGCGUAUUUGAACAUGGAGCCUCCCAAGGAAGUCCACCUGAAAUCUGCCUGGAAGCUCAACCUGGAACCUCCCAAGGAGGGCAACCUGGAACCUGAAGACCAAACCCACGUGCAAACGGCCAAGGAGAGCCUCCAGUCAUAUUUAUUCAGUUUGUUUCCUGAGGAAGAUACAAAUGCAGCAUGCACAACAGAUAUCCCCAAAGAUCCUGUGCUCCAAAAAGCAAGAAAAACAGUUCGUGAGUUCUGCAGAUGGAUCAAUGAUAAUUAUGGAGACAUAGGCAUUGAUGAAGAGGACCUCAUGAAACAGUUUGAAAUUGACUUAGAGGUCCCACUCACCCAUAAUACAGUCAAAAUAAAGAAAAUAAGCCAGCUUCCUUUGAAUAUAAGGCCCUGCACACAGCUAGAUCACAUACAGCAGAGAAAAUUCUCCCUGCAGGAAGGUAACUGGGAAAGGAAACUCCGAAAACCAGAAGAGCCUUAUAAACCCAAACGGGAGAAGAUAAGGCAUCUUGAACCAGACAUUAUUGAUGAACUUUAUGGACCAUUUGCCUUCAAAUAUUUCAUUGAAAGCAAGGGAUACAAGAUGCCAGGUGUGAUUGAGAUGUUUAAGAGGAAGGGAUGGAACUAUGAGUCUGUGAAGAUUCCUAUACACCAAGUAAUGAAACUCCUCUCCAAACCCAAAGAGGAGGAUUCAGGGGGCAAAGAGGAUUAG